UGUAUAUAACAGGCUUGCCACCGUUCCUCUUGGCAAAAGCGAAACAAUCAUUUGCAAUUUUGUAUCACCACCUUCCGCAGGCACAUGUCUGAAAUAGGUGGUCAAAGUCCCAGCAGGUAUCGAGUAGGGUUCGCCCUCGAACCCAAGAAAGUCCAGAGCUUCCUCCAAAACUCCCUGAUUGACCAUGCCAAAAAUCACGCCAUUGAGCUCAUACCAAUCGACCUCACCACAGCCAUACACCAACAACUCCCAUUCCACUCCAUCAUCCACAAACUCCACUCCCCUCAACGACUCGGUCCCCAAACUCUCCCUCCAAAACGACGUCGUUUCUGUUUCCGUCCCCAAACAAGCCGUCGCAAACGACGAGAGAACCGCCAUCGAGGGACUUGAUUCGGUGAACCUGCGGUUCCCGGUGAUAGCGAAGCCCUUGGCAGCCGACGGGAGCGCGAGUUCACAUAAUCUAUGCUUGGUCUUUGACCGUGAAGGGUUGAAAUCCCUAAAUUACCCUGUGGUGGUGCAAGAGUUCGUGAACCACGGUGGCGCGGUUUUCAAGAUCUACGUUGCGGGGAGGCACGUGACUUGCGUGAGGAGGAAGUCGUUGGCGGAUAUAACGCAGGAAGAGAUUAAGAAUCUGAAGGGGGCGGUGCCAUUCUCUCAGGUGUCAAACAUGAAGGGGUCACGUGAGCAGGAGGAGGAAGGGGAUGGUGUUGAAAUGCCUCCUGAGGGGUUGGUGAGCGAGUUGGGAAGGGGGUUGAGGGAGGCUUUGGGGCUUAACCUCUUCAACGUUGAUGUGAUUAGAGAUGCCAAUGACGAGAAAAGGUACCUCGUUAUUGAUAUCAAUUACUUUCCUGGCUAUGCUAAGUUGCCAUGUUAUGAGACAUUUUUCACCAAUUUCUUGUUGGAUGUUGUACAUGGCAAAAACACCGUCUAGGUGCUGCUACCAGCAGAUGUUGUUAACACUCUUGUCAGCCUAAUUGGGCUCCUUUAGUGUUUUCUUUUCUCUGUUUUUUCGAGAAUAAUAACGUUGUCUCUACUUACAAAUUCCCCAUUUUCUCUUUUUCCCACCUUGUGGACAAAUAUAAAAUCAUUUCCGACUGGAGAAGGAAAAAAAGAAGACUUGGAAUAGUAAUAAUUUGAUUAUAAGUGUAUUUCUGUACAUCUUGGUGCUUAUCUUCAAUGGCGUGUCUGUCUUGAUAACGUGAUCAAAUCAGAGCUGCCUUUGGAAUCCGAUUCUGUGAUGAUGCACUUUAAUUGGAAGCUUUAUUUUACAAUGAAUCGACAAUCAACAUUAACUUGAGGAGCACAAAUGAAAUUCAAUGCCAUGUCUGGGUUCACUUUUAUUCUUCAGUCUCGUUAUUGGCUUAUUGGCUUAUUGCUAAUAAAUUUACUUACUGAAAUAAUAGAGACAAUUCUAUGGC